AGUUUAGCUGCAGCAACUGUAAAUUCUAUUCCGGUUUUUACCUUUCUUUUCGCUCUUCUAUUCAGGUUGGAGGUGUUGAGGUUAAGGUCAAUAGUAGGGUUAGCAAAGGUUGGAGGAAUAGUGUUUUGUACGGGCGGUGUGUUGGUUUUGGUGUUCUACAAAGGCCCUCAACUCACUCUCUUUAACAAUCACCACCUUUUUACUAUACAUAAUCAACAUCCACUUCAUGAUGCUUCAACCCACACUUGGUUAAAGGGUUGCCUCCUAAUGUUGGCUUCAAAUAUCUUAUGGGCUUUAUCACUUGUUCUUCAGGCAUUCGUACUGAAAAGUUAUCCUUCAACGCUUCUUUUCACUACCCUUCAAUGUCUUGUUAGCUCGUUUCAAUCGUUUAUUGUUGCCAUUGCUUUGGAGAGAGACCUUGACGAAUGGAAAUUGGGUUGGGAUCUAAGACUUCUUGCAGUUUUAUAUUGCGGAAUAGUGGCAACUGGGGUUACAUAUUCGAUUCAAACGUGGCUCAUUAAGAAGAAAGGACCCGUUUUCUUAGCCAUGUCAACACCAAUUGUUCUUGUUCUUACAACUCUUGGUUCGACCUUUCUUUUUGGCGAGAAUAUCAGCCUUGGAAGUGGUAUAGGAGGGCUGUUAUUGAUCGCAGGUCUGUACAGUGUGCUAUGGGGAAAGAGCAAAGAGCUGAAACUCAAUUUAGGGCCAAAAGAAAUAGACAGAGAAUGCAGUUUGCCAGUGAAAGGAAGCGACACAACUAAAUCAUGA